UUCAGGCUGUUGAACUGCAGCGCUUUGAGUCCGCUGCUUGCUCUGCCACAGUCAACCUCUGUUGUAAAUUUUCCUCCCGGAACACGUGACGAUGCAUUUCUUGACUAUAUAUCCCAAGGACAGCAGCGGGGCUGUCAGAGUGCAGAGCCUGCCACAGAAGAAAAACGUCCUCAGACUCAGCCGUUUAAGGGUUCCACACUUGGGACAAGCUGUCAGCCUUUGCGGCAAUUCAAUGCUGAGGAUGGAGCCUCUGAAUAGCACAGACCCGAGCGCUGCAGCGUCCAGCAGCCCCCUUGAGUCCCAUGUGCCUAGUAACAGCGGUGGUAAUGGCAACGAAUACUUCUAUAUUUUGGUCGUUAUGUCCUUCUAUGGCAUUUUCUUGAUUGGAAUCAUGCUGGGCUACAUGAAAUCCAAGAGGCGGGAGAAGAAGUCCAGCCUCCUGCUGCUGUACAAAGAUGAGGAGAGGCUGUGGGGGGAGGCUAUGAAGCCGCUACCUAUGAUGUCCGGCCUGAGGUCAGGGCAGGUGCCCAUGAUGCUGAACAUGCUUCAAGAGAGUGUGGCGCCUGCGCUGUCCUGCACCCUUUGCUCUAUGGAAGGGGAUAGUGUGAGCUCCGAGUCCUCCUCGCCUGACGUGCACCUCACCAUCCAGGAAGAGGGGGCUGAUGAGGAGCUUGAGGAGACCUCCGAGACGCCUCUCAAUGAAAGCAGUGAAGGCUCUACAGAAAACAUCCAUCAGAAUUCCUAGCACCCCCAGGCCUCUGGAGGUGGCUCCGGAAAGCUACGCUUGACAGAGGAAAGACAUUUGCCAAGUGCCUGGUUUCACUUUUGCUCUGCAGCUACUGCAUUGAACAGACCCAGGGCAAGACCCAGGGAAGGGAGAGACAAGGCUCAGCUGGAGUCUUCGAGGUUCCUGUGGUUUGGGACUCAUCACUGAAAAAGUCCCAGAGACAAUAACGUGUGACCAUUACUCCGGGGCCUGGGUGUUGGGGUCCCGGUUCAGCAUCUGGCUGAAUAAUGUGUUGUUUUUUCACUGGAGGCCCUGGGUAACUUCUGCAGCACCGGUCUGUGCCCAGGGCUGACAACUGCCUAGGGCAGGCUGAAGGACUAGUUUUGAUUUGCUAAUUUUCCUAGAGCUUUGUUCUUCUAGAUCUGAUUGGCUGUAAGUAUCUUUAUUAUGUGCCUAUGGCAUUUGGUCACAGACAGUUAUAUAUUUCGUUUGGAGGUGGGAGAAAGCUGCAGGCAGAACCCAGAUUGUUUGCACAAUGCAAAGAGAGAAGGUAAUUCGUACACGUGUCCGAAUUAGCCUGGAGUAUAAGCUAUGACCUCGUUUGAGCUUUUGUCUCACCUGUGAGCUUGAACUCUGACUGUACAGCACUGCAGGUGAGCAUGGCUUUCUUUACCAGUGAGCUUCCUCCUAAACAAGCCUGCAUUCAGGGUUGUUCAUGGUGGUCCUCCUGACCUUUACGGAUUGGGUGAUGGUGGGGUUACCCAAGGCCAUAUCAUUGACAGUUCUGCUAUAGUUCCUUUUCCCAGCCUAGUUUUCUGAGGCCAGAGAGUACCCAUGUGGGCCUCAAAAUAUGGGGUUUUGUCACGUAGCUGAACUCUGGAAGGGCAUACUUAGGCGGGAUCAUAGAGAGCUGGGAUUCAAGCACUGUGCUUCCUGGUCCGAGCCCCAAUGAUCAUCUUCUGUGAGGUCCCGGGCAUGUCAUCAUAAGACUGGUUGCCUUCAUGAGGCUCCGGAGGCUGUGUAGCCCCAGGGGGCUGGGAGGACAUCUUUAGACUCUGUGCUGUGUGAUAAAUCCUCCACAGCCUGGUGUGAGGAAGUUCGGAGCAAGCAUUUCCCCUUUGGCCGCUUCGUCUGGAGAAAGAUGUGUUGACUUAAAGGCACAGUUGGAGGCUCUGGAGAUGUGUAACUGGGGAAUUCAAGGCUGAUCCGAGUCAGCUCUCCUUACUGUAGGUUUCCCAGGAUGGGACUGAAGAAGGAGGCAGCACGGUUUCCUCUGCAGCGCUCUGUGGAUGGACGGAUGCUAACACAGUCAGUCUGGGGGGGAAAGAGAAAUCUGAAGGGAGCUACUCGAGAGCAUAGCAGCAGGCUUUUGUGCCCUCGAAGACCAGAAGGAAGCAGAAAGCUUCCCAAAAGGUCAAGUUUGCCUCUAGUGAGAGCCCUUCUUAAUUUUUAUUUAUCCUAACUCUCCCUGGAUCGGAGACAAAGCAAUUACUAAUGUCUCUGUGAGGGGUUACCAGUACAAGGAGCUGGUUUUUCAAUCAGUUUUGACACAGAGAUAGAGAGGUAGUUUAUGUUGGAGGCGGAAAGGGGCCCUCUGUUCACUUUAAGAUUCAGAGUGUGGAUCAACUCCAAAGGGGGCCGUUUAAGUUGAAAGAAGCCAAGUUAAGUUUGGCCUCUUGCCUGGAAUCACUUGAAUUCUGAAACUUUACUGCGACAGACAUGUGCGUUGUCACAUUUUCCAUUGCUUAAUCCUGGUUUGGUGCAAGUCUGUCUGCGCCUCUUACAAAGUGAUGUAUAUACUUCCUUCCAAUACGUUGAGUUGUAGACAAUUGUCUGUUGUAUUUAAUGGUUUGUAAUUUUCACAAUUUUUUUAAUUUAAAUAAACACAUUUUCGCUGAGAA